AUGGAAACCCUGCGGGACACCAGUAGACAGAGGGAGGGGAGUGUAACUCCCCGUGUUGAUCCGCAGGUGGCCCGACGCCUCUCCCUGCUGAAGCACCCGCUCUGCUCCUCUCUGAGCGGAGGGCAGGCUGUGGAGGUCCUGGCUCAGACCGGAGACCCGACCAGGUUUAAGUUCACCACUCCUAUGGGACAGACUCUGGACUGUAACUUCUCCUUCGCUGGUCUCAGAAACCAGGUGUCUAUGGCCGUCAAGAAGCGAGAGGAGGAGGAGGGUGUAGAGCGGGGGACCCUGUUGUCUUGUGUGAACGACCUCGCUGCCUCGGCUCAGCACACUGUCGCCGCCCAUCUGGCCAAACGGACUCAUCGCGCCGUUCUCUUCUGUAAACACAACCGUCUGCUGCCCGACGAGAACCCCACUUUGGUCUUGUCGGGGGGAGUGGCGAGUAACAAGUACAUCAGAAAGGCCCUGAGUGUGAUCACAGACAGAGAGGGGCUGAGGCUGCUCUGUCCACCCCCGACAGGUCUUCCUCCUCAGAGGGGAAGAGUGGUGGUUGGUAUCCCAGCGAGGCCUGAAAUGGAGAAACUCCCAUUGCGGAACUCACCAGUGGACAGGUUGGCUGAGACCACACAGCGAAGAGCCCUCUCGAGGUCCUGGUUGGUGCACUCGGUCUGUCUGUUGGACUCGGAAUGA